AUGGAGGCUCAAAGUUCAGACUCACCACUUGAGGGUAACAGUCCAGAACAACCGGUAUCGAAUGGUAGCGGUGGGAAAAAUGAUCUCGGAGAAAAAAUGGAUACAGCAUCUGGUGCGGUUGGGGAUAAUGAAGAAGAGAAUGCAGAUUAUGCGGAGAAUGAAGUUUAUAAGAACUUACGCGCUCAAAAUGUGAAACCGAAGGUGGUAGUUGCAUUGAUGGAAUUAUACGAGGCAACAGAUAUGACACCUGAGGAUAUAGAUGAACGUGCUUUAGAAAUGAUAAGAUCGUUGCCGACUGAUCAUGCAGAGUUUGUAAUUAAAGAGAUAAAAGAUUCGAAUUUAUUGGGCGUGCAGAACAAAGCGCAGUUUAUUAUGUCAACUGUUCGGAACUUCCGUGAUAAAGUGCGUCAGCUUGGUACGCAAGCAGCGCUUUCUCAGCCCUUAAUCAAUGGUCCUUCAGCUGAAAAAAUUAAAGAGAUAUUGAACCGGACUGGGUACCCACUUGAGGUAACCCAAGGGCAACGAAAAUAUGGCGGUCCACCUCCAGAUUGGGAAGGACCAGCCUCAGGCCCAACGGGAGCUGGACACGAGUGCUAUGUGGGGAAGAUACCGAAAGAAAUUUAUGAAGAUACGUUGAUACCACUCUUUGAAGAAUGUGGGAAAAUCUGGGAUUUGAGGUUGAUGAUGGACCCAAUGACCGGAAGAAACCGAGGGUACGCGUUCGUAACCUUCUGCGAUAAGGCUGCAGCAGCGGAAGCUGCAAAAAAGUAUGAUGGAUACGAAAUUCAGCCUGGAAAAAAUCUGAAAGUGAACAUCAGCGUUGCCAACACUCGUCUCUUUAUCGGGAAUAUUCCAAAGUCGAAGUCAAAAGAAGAAAUUCUUGCCGAGUUUAAAGAACAUGCAGAGGGUGUUGUUGACUGUAUUAUAUACUCAAGCCCAGAUGCAGCAGAAAACCGGAAAAACCGUGGUUUUUGCUUCAUGGAUUUUUGUGACCACAAAAGUGCGUCUGACGCCAAGCGAAAGAUUCAUGCAGGAAAACUACGCCCCUGGAACAUUGAUUUGGUCGUCGACUGGGCAGAGCCACAAGAAGAACCAGAUGAAGAAACAAUGUCGAAAGUAAAGGUCCUUUACGUGCGUAAUCUGAAAGAAGCCGUCACUGAGGAACAGUUAAAAGAGAUGUUUUCUGCGCAUGGAGAGGUUGACCGUGCAAAGAAAAUACGCGAUUACGCUUUUAUUCAUUUCAUGGAAAGGGAGCCCGCUAUUAAGGCAAUGGAAGCAUUAAACGGGACAGUGCUUGAAGGCGUGGCAAUUGAUAUUUCGUUAGCAAAACCACAGAGCGACAAGAAGAAAAUGAUGAGAGGGCGAGGUCGUGGUUUUGGUGUCCGAGGUGGGUUCGGAGAUUUUGGGGCAGGAUUCGGACCCAGAGGUGGUGUAAGGGGAAGAGGUAGUGCGACAUUCGGUGGCGCUUAUGGAGCUCCUUCAGGAUAUGGUGCAUAUGGCGGGUACGACCCAUAUGCUGGUUAUGGCGAGUACGGUUACGCGGCAGGUGGAUACGGAGCCUACUCGUAUGACACAUACGGUUAUCCAGACCCUUAUGGCGGCUACGGUUAUGGGGCUUCACCAGUUAGCGGCCGUGGUGGAAGGGGUAAUGGGAUUCAGAGCGGGUUUACACAGCGAGGAACUGCAGGCAGGGGUCGUGGAGGACGUGGAAUAACGCGUGGGAGUGCUUCGUCCCGUGGUGUCAAACGACCAGGUGAUGGUGCUGGGGGGCCUGCUUUAAAGAGGGAUUUUAACGACUUUUCUGCCGACUCCAGUAUGGCCUACUUCUGA